UUGGGUUAGGAUCGUCCAUCUCUUCAGCUUUGUUUACGUUUGAAGACUUGAAAAUCGUUAAUCGGUUUUGUUUUCAUUUUCCUCUUUGGAUUUGGCGCAUAAUAUUUUCUCUAAUCUCCGUCUUGUUUCCUUGCAAACUGUGGACCACAUAGGAGGAAGCUAGUCCACUCUAAAGUUCCCCAUGCCCCAAAUAUGUGAUUUAAGCUCAAGCUUCUUUUUUAACAAACGUGUUACUAUAUUGUUCCCAUUUUUCUAAUCAAUAUGUUUUAAUUGUCUUGUUAAGAAUGAAAUGAAUACGUUAAUAUUAUUGGACUGUUAAGUUUGUUGCUUUGCCUCUUUCCCACUGGCCUAACCUAUAUUUUGUGAUUUAUACAAGCAUCAUUCUAUUCCUCUAUUAUCCAUGUGAUUCUGGAUCAUCAAUCAAUUUUAAAACAUGGAAAAUGCCGAUGCUCUUGACUUAUCCAAAGAAAAUAUCCAGCCUCUAAAGAGAGGUAGAAACACAACACAGCUCGGGCUUGCAUUACAAGCUCAAACAGAUUCUUCUUUACAUCAAAUGUUAUCAAAAAAACAAGAAUGGUAUGAAAUGCAGAUUCGCACCUAUGAAGGAUCAGAUCCUUUAGAGCUUUGGUGUGAUUACAUAUCUUGGGUUGAGCAAAGUUUCCCGAAACAUGGUCCUGAAGGAAAUUUAAGUGUAUUGCUCACUAAAUGCUUUCAGGCAUUUAAAGAUGAAGAGAAAUAUAAAAACGACUCCCGUUUUGUGGGACUAUGGAUAAAAUAUAUUGAAAUGCAAAAUGAUGCAAAACGUGUUGAAUUGUACCAACUGUUGCACACUCAGGGAAUCGGAGUGAAGUGUGCAGAGUUUUACCAAAGCUGGGCCUAUGAAUUUCAAUCUGUUGGAGAUUGGAAACAGGCUGAUCAGAUUUUCACAAAGGGUUCUAUGUACAUGGCACAACCAGCUGAAGAACUGCACGCUGCUCAUCAACUUUUUUUGUCAUCUUUUGUGUUUAAUCACAAAAACAUCAACAAUGAAACCCCAGAAGAUGAUGUUGGUAAUCAUCUUCAAGGUGACCAUCGAAUGCCUAUGGCAGCACUGAAAGCCAUUGGGAAAAAGAGUGUAGCACCUACUGUGAGAGUUGGGUCUAAUGUUAGAAGUCAGCUGCCGGGUGUGAUACCAGCGGUACAAGGAUCUUCUGGGCGCUCUGCUCCUUCCUCAAGAACAUUUGGUGUACGUGGUAACAAUGCAGGACCUGUCACAGUGUAUCAGGAGCAUGGUGAACCUGAGGGUGAAGUCCUGCACAGUCAGAAUGUUUCCUCAGCACUUCCGAUAGCUCAAACCAUAAACAAGGAAAAUGUUGUUAAGGCGGGUCCUUGGACUGGUCAAGGGCUAGGAUCACGGAAGCACCAUGUCACAAAUGCUGGCAAUUCUUUUAUGCCCAAACAACCUGGGUUCGAAGUGCACAAGGAUGAAGAGAAUGCAUCAAGUGGUCAUGAGCUACGGUCACAUGGUAUAGUUGUCCCAAAUGCCCUUCAACCCCGAAAAGGAUUAGAAGAUGGUUUCCAUGAUGCAAUAGCUAUUUUUGAGGAGCCAAACCCUUUUACAAAGCCUAUGUAUCGAAAGAAUGAGGUGUAUGCUGGAGGUAAAGAACUACAACUAGAGGAACUCCGUGCACUUGACUACUUUAAAAAGAGAGCUGAAAAAAACCAAAAAAUGAGAGAAAUGUCAGUGCAGCAUGGACAGUUAGCCAUGUAUGAAAGGAAAUUUAUGUCUCAUAAUGAGCCCUCUGUUUCUUUGGGUGUGACACAAGAAAAUCUUUAUCCACGUGAAGAGAAACCUGCCCCAUACUAUGCUGAUGGUCAUGGAUUAGACACCUUGUCAGAUCAGCCAUUUAGACAAGCAGGCCCUUCACCAAGUCCUGCUAAUAGUCUGACAUCAACAUUGAGCGGUUACCAGCAACCUCAGCCUCAAUCACUGUAUAGAACAGCUUUAUCGUCCGAGGGUGGAGCGCACUCUAGUGGUCAUCUCUCUCACCAUGAGCAGCCUCACAUGAGCCACAGGUUUCCUCCAUCUAAUCAGUCCGUACAUAAUCAGUCAAUGACCCUGCAUACUAAAUUGGCUAUGAAUGAAGUGCAAGACUUGUGGGGAAGCCCCACAAUCGUAAAAGCUCCCAAUAGUGGACCAAAUUUAGCUGCAAGUGCAACACCAAAUAUGUAUCAACCAGCAUUCCAGAUAAUGAAAGAUGACAGUUUACCCCAUCAAGUUCAUGAAAAUUCUCUGUUAAGAAGUGGAGAACCACAAACAUUUCCUCAUAAUCAUCAAGCUGUAGGCACAGUCUCCCAGACGCUAGCAACAGCACAGCAACAUCCUGUAAUGACCUCUAAUAAUUUUACAAACCCAACUGAGAUGUAUGAAGAUCCUAUGACAGGAACAUCUUUUAUGAAACAACGCAAUGGCUUUCAAGUGUUUCAAGAAUCAUCAUAUACUCCCCCUGACCCUCCUGUUUUGGGAGGAAAAUUUCAAGUUUUCUGCGACGGAGAUCCAGAAAACAAUGUUCCAUCUCACACACCCAUUUUGGACCGUGGAAAUUCAGGAAACUUGUCAAUAUCUGCCCACACCUCUGGUUCUAUUGAAAAAGUGGCAAAGGAAAAGGAAAAUUUACAUAAAUUUCCCCAAGCGGACAUUGAACUUAUGGAAGAAUGUGGUGUGACUCCUGCUCCAGAUAGCACAGGAACUGAGAUACAACAAGGCAACCAUUUCCAUAUUACACCAUCUGCAUAUAGUUCUCAUGCACAAAACCAGUCAAAUGUUUUUGUUGAUCAAGGACAUGUACAAAUUUCAUCUGCAGCUAUGGUCACUCAUGAGCCGAUGCACUUGGCCCCUCCAGAUCUUCAAGAACCAAUGCAAACUAACUCCCUUCCUGCUCACAACAUGCAGUCUGCCCCUUCUGUUUCUUAUGUGUAUAGCAACCAUGCUGCACCUUACAGUGCAAUGCAGCCUACUCCUCCAGUUUCACAUUGCUCUGCACCGUUAACACCUGAAGUGAUGGAAGAUGAUGCUCCUGUGGCUGCAGCCCCACAAUAUGGGGUAAACAUGUCGGAAACUGGUAUUACUGAGGCAUUUUUCUUCCCACAAAUGGCUGCUGCCUCAACACCCUUUCAAGCCUCACCAAAAAAGUCACGAGGUUCCAAGAAUGUCAUUGAUUUUAAUAGCUCAUUAUACCGAGUAGAACAAUCAUGGCCAGAAGAUGAUGGUGCUGAUGGGUCAAAUCAAUCAUCAGAUUCUCCAAAAACCGUACCUCCUUUGAAACUAUUUAGAAUAAAGAAUGAUGUGGAUCAACUUAGUGCUAUACUGGAAACAUCAAAAGAAAAGUACCAGAGUAUGCUCUCUACUGGAAGCAGAAACAGUUUGUCUUCUUCCAUUAAUAGCAAAUAUGGAAAAUACACAACCCAAAAGCAGAGUAUGGGUCCUCAGCCUGGCUUAAAUCAGAUUGAGGAAUCUUCUGAGCAUUCAUCUUCAUCCUCUCAAGAAGGUCUGGGCCAAGUGCAGGUUCAAGUUCAACCUCAAGCACAAGUUCAAGCCCAGCCACAGCCUCAGGGACCAGAUUCUCAAGUAAUGCAUGAAAUGGGUUUGCGAGUAGCCAAAGGAGAGAUAAACCCAUUUGACUCGCGAAUUCUUGAAUAUUUCCUCCACCACAUAGGAUUUCCUCUCCCCCAGCAUGCUGAAGGCUACAAUACUCUGAAUGGCGCUGUUCCAGCAAGGAGAAAUAAUUGUCUGACAUUAAAUGGGGAUGUGUAUACUGUUGGUAAAGUUCUUGGAGAAGGUGCUUAUGCUAAAGUACUAAAAGGAGUGGAUACAAGGACACAAAAAGAUGUUGCAUUGAAAAUUCAGAAGCCAGGUUGCCGAUGGGAGUACUAUAUAUGCAGAGAAAUCCAACACCGGCUAUCACAACGGGAUCUUGUAUCAGCUUUCAUGCCAGCAGAUCAGAUCUAUGUUUACAGUAAUGGUAGUGUAAUAGUCACAGACUUGCUACCAUUUGGAACUCUGCUAAAUCUAGUGAAUAAGGUAGUGGCAAGCACUAAACGGCCAAUGCAAGAGCCCCAAGUUCUAUUUUUAUUAGAACAGUUGAUAAGUGCUGUACAAGCUCUUCAUGCUUGUAAAAUAAUUCAUGGAGACUUGAAGCCUGAUAAUAUACUCAUGAGAACAAUUCCAGCUGUUAAUCAAGCACCAUGUAUUCAACUGAUUGAUUUUGGGCGAAGUAUAGAUAUGAAUCUAAUGCCCCCAGGGACAACAUUUAACCAAGUUGUUAUGACAGAUACAUUCACCUGCAUUGAGAUGCGGACAGGAAAACCAUGGACCUACCAGACGGAUUUGUUUGGACUUGCAAAUACAGCUCACUGUCUCAUCUUUGGUGAUUAUAUGAAGGUUCAAGAAAGCAGAACUACUGGCAGGUGGGCCAUUCAAACCAAGCUCGCUAGGAAUAUGAAUGCAGAUUUCUGGGGCUCGUUUUUUGAUACACUGUUGAAUGUCGAAUCCUGUGACUCCAUGCCUGACUUAGAAAUCUUACGAUCAGAUGCUCAGGCAUGCAUGAAUACUGUGACUCAGUUAGGUCUUUCUGUAUCAGCACUUGGCCGUAUUUUAUUGAAUCGAUGAUUAUUUAUCAAUUUAAGUCACAAAUCAUAAAAGCCUGAAUAUGAGUGAGUCGUGAUAGUUAAGUGUGUACUAUUGGCUUUAAUGCCUGAAAGCUUUUAAAUAUGUAUGUGUUUAGUAAAUUAAUAUGUAUUAAGAUGUAAAUUAGUCAAUUGAAAGGGCUCCCAAUUAAAGCUUAUACCUAGCUAAUCAAUUGCAUGUAUAUAAGUAUGUCAAAAUAUUUUUAUCUAAAUGUGUUAAAAUCUCAGGAUUGUGUGUUAGAUUGUAAGGUUCUGUAUAAGAUUCAGCAGCUUGUGAUAAAUGUAAUGGACUACAUAGCAAAACAUCUAUUUGUGGUGUUAGUAAAUUGUACAGAAGUUGUGCCUGUGUUCCGUUUGAAAUAACAACUUACGUUUCCUAUUUAA